UCGGUGCGUUCGUGCACGUAUACGAGCACGAACCAUGCCGUGUACGUGUGUAUGUGAGGCAGGGGUUCAAGAUCGCAUCCCGUGUUUUCCUCGUGCUAGUCUGUCGGAGAACGUUGCGCGGUUCGGAAACAAUAACUGUGUCGGCUCGGCUCGCGUGUGCGGCAUCGUUUCACAGUGGGAAGCUUAAAAUUUUUUAUCCGUUUUUUGGAGACAAAAGCGUCUCAUCGCGCACUACUGAAACAAAAUUCAAUAAAACCAAUCUGUUUUCCGUGGUUAAGUAGGCGGUGAAAAUCAACACAUCAUAGAUAGGUACAUGGACAUUGGUGUUCAGUUGACCGAGUGGGCUCCUUUGAUUCGUGUGUGAUUGGCAUCUUCGCGCGGUGCUGCUGCUGCUGCUGCUGCAGUGUUUAACAACGUGCUCGUGCAUAAUUUGCAGUAGGCUGGGAUACAAGCCAACAAAGUAGCCGGCAAAAGGAAGCAACAAGCUGGUGGGAAUAUCGUAUACAGUGCAAAUUAAUUUACCUUCUUUAUUGAGUAUACAACUCAGUCUACAACAGUGCUUGAAUGCAAAGGAAUUUUCGCAAACUGGAAAUUUUGGUGCAAAAAAAAAUUGUUUGAAAAGAUUGUGUCGAGAAGAAUAAGAAGAAUACAAAAGUGACCGAAGAAACCCUCAACUUUUCUAUCAUGAUUUGAUAAACCGCCCAACAAGAAGAGCUCUUGAGAGUAAUAUUAGUUGUAUUGUAGUGAUGGUCGCUGCAUGAAACAAAUGCUGCAAUGUUGCCGCGAAUCAAGAAUAAAUUCUAAGCAGUUCGAAGUGUCAUUCUGUGAUACAACACAGUACAGAUGAGCGGCUUAACCCACCGCCGGUGAAGAUCGUUCUAAUCUAUCUAGUACUACCUGCCAUCUUGCUGCCGGAUUUCCGCUUCCUGAUAUAACAGCUAGUACGGCUGAGCCAUACUAACAACUCUACUAGAUAAGGCAGUGCUCAUCUAUCCAACUAUCCAGCUCACAGGAGGCCAAGCGACGUGCCAAGCACCAUGAAUAGGAUAUACCUCUUAUCUAUCCUAUGGCUAUCAUCAUCGUUUCUAAUCAGUCAGAUCGAAGGCUCCGGGCUAUUUGAGCUGAAGCUGAAGUACUUCAAAAACGAACGAGGGGUGGAUAACGAGGGCGCCUGCUGUUCGGGUCGUUCUGAUGCCAAAGGCAACUGUAUCGGAACGUGCAAAACGAGGUUUCGUGCGUGUCUGAAGCACUACCAAGUCACUAUCGACACCUCGUCGCCGUGCACGUUCGGCGAUGUCAUAACGCCCGUGUUCGAGGGAAAUUCGCUGAACCUGACCGAAAGGAGUAAACAAGAAGGAUUCGAAAAUCCGAUGCGGUUUCCGUUCGAAUUUGGAUGGCCGGGCACCUUUACACUGAUUGUGGAAGCAUGGCUCGACACGAACGAAACUACGUCGCGAUCACCAGGCAUUCUAAUAUCGCGUUUCUCCAACCAACGGGUGCUUGACGUUUCUCCCGAGUGGACGGAGGACAGUAACAACUCGACGCACUCAAUCCUGCAGUACGCAUUCCGGGUGACGUGCGACCCGUCGUACUUCGGGUCGGGGUGUGCCAGCCUGUGUCGGAAGCGCAACGAUCAGUUCGGGCACUACACCUGUUCGCCGACCGGGGACCGCGUUUGCCUGGCCGGUUGGCAAGGCGACUACUGCACCAAACCCCGUUGCACUCCUGGAUGUGAUGAGAAACAUGGACACUGCAGCAAACCUAAUGAAUGCAUUUGCCAGUCUGGAUGGAAGGGCGAGCUGUGCGACGAGUGUGAGCCCUACCCGGGAUGCAUGCACGGAACCUGCAAGAAGCCCUGGGAAUGCCUGUGCAACGAAGGCUGGGGUGGGCUGUUCUGCAAUCAGGAUCUGAACUUUUGCACUAACCACAAGCCGUGCCAGAACGGGGGAACUUGUUUCAACACCGGACAAGGUUCGUAUACUUGCCAGUGCCCGCCCGGUUACACCGGAACCGACUGCGAGACGCGCAUUAGCAACUGUGCAGCCAUGCCGUGCCUGAACGGAGGUGCGUGCCACGACGAUAAAGAACGCCACAGCUAUCGAUGCGAGUGUGUGAAGGGCUGGAUUGGGGCGCAUUGCGAGAAGGAAACCGUCACCUGCUCGGAGAAACCCUGCAUGCAUGGAACCUGUAAGGAUACCAACUUGGGGUUUAAGUGCGAAUGCCCGAUCGGGUAUAGUGGGAUGGCCUGUGAAGUGCAAGUCGACGAAUGUAAUCCCAAUCCUUGUGAGAAUGGAGGCACUUGCUUCAACCGAGGCGACUCGUUCAAAUGCCAAUGCUCCAGCGGAUACAGCGGGACCCGAUGCGAGGUUAACAUCGAUGAUUGCCAGGGUAAUCCGUGCAUGAAUGGGGGAUCAUGUGUCGACAUGGUCAAUAAAUUUCGUUGUCAAUGCGUUCCAGGCUUCAUAGGCGCACUGUGCGAGAACAAAGUAGAUCUGUGUCUGACCAAGCCAUGCGCCAACGGAGGUACGUGUAUCAAUCUGAACAAUGACUACCGAUGCAAUUGCCGCGCCGGAUUCACUGGAAAGGAUUGCAGCGUUGAUGUGGAUGAGUGUAGUUCCUCGCCAUGUAAGAACGGCGGAACCUGCGUCAACAGAGUGAACAGUUUUCAAUGCGUUUGCGCUGGUGGCUUCCGAGGAUCGACCUGUGACGAAGAGGCUUUAUCAGCCAGUUGGGACUCGGCUACCGGUAGUAUAUCGGCUCACGUGGCAAGUGGGCAUCAUGAAGCUCAAAGUGGCCGAAGCGAUGGCCUCAGUAGUGGUCAAAUUGUGCUGAUUGCUAUAUUCUCGGUUGCGACGCCUCUGGCCGCAUUUAUUGCAACAGCUGUGGUAAUCUGCAUGAAGCGCAAACGUCGACGGGAACAGGAGAAAGACGAUGCCGAAGCACGUAAACAAAACGAACAAAAUGCAUCGCAUAUGACGCACCACCAUCACCACAAUUCCAUGUCUUCGUCGAAAAGAAGCAGCAACAGCGCCCUCACCAACUUGGACACCUCUCAUCACAUGAUCAAGAACACCUGGGAUAAAAGCGUCAACAACAUGGCCACGUCAGCAAGUUUAGACGAAGGCUGUUUGAUGAACAGCAGUCUCUACGGCGGUAUCCCCGGCGGCUAUGGUGAGACCCCCUCUGCCAGUAGUGAACAGUGCUACCAGGCAGCCGCAAAUCCUACAACCUUGCAACGUGCCAAAUCGCAAAAACAACUCAAUACCGACCCAAUGGUGAUGCAUCGGGCGUCGCAGAUGAUUGCCGGGGGAGCCAUCGGGGGUGGAGCUCAGUCGUCGUCAGCUGGUGGUCCAGUUGGUGCCGCAGCUACUCCCACUACCUCAUCGACAGUGGCAGCCGCAGCGGCGGUCAGCACCAAAGAAAUGCUGCUGGAAAAGCGGAUAUCCGUCCUUUCCGAUGCCAGUUUAUGCAACACCCGGUGGAGUAGCUCCCAAAACAGGCAGAUUGUUGGCCCCUGCAGUCCGCCACACGUGUAGGAUUUUUAAAUAAUUAACAUUUUUUGAAUAGAUCUCCCUCUUAACAACUAAAAAAGUACGUGCUCUUUGUAAUUAAAUUUAACUUUAAAUUAUUUUUGUUUAUAUUUCAAUAUUUAGACAAAAAUCAGUGAAAUUACUACAGAGAAAUGAAUUCGUAAAAUUCGUUUAGGUUUCCAAAGCACGUUUUGUAAAAGAAAACUACAAUAUUCAAAUUUUUCUUAGCUGGUCAUUGAUUGAACAUAUAGAAUUUAUGAAUUGUACAUCUUGAAUUAUAUUUAUCAAACCGACCAAGCAUAGAAGCUUUCACUUAUAACGAAUAAUUGAGAGAAUGAGCUUGUUUUUAGAACCGAGAAUCGAAAAAAAAAUAAAGUUAGACUUACCUGUAAACAAUCAAUAUUUGUCAUAUCACAGAGUACUCGUGUGUCAAAAAUAUUAAACGUAACGAGCCUCGCGCGCUAAGUUCGAUUUCCGUAUCGGAAUGGAUCUCGAUUAUUUUUUUUUUUUUUCUUUUAUGCUUACUACACUAAUUGUCCCAGUUAAAAAAAAACUUUGAUUCACGAAGCUCAUCCAAGGCCAGUUCUUAAAACCCUCUCGACGUUGAAAAGAAAAUGGUAGAUAUUGAUCUAGGUGUAUUCCAAGAAAAAACAAAGAAAGUUAACUGUAAAUACGAAUAGCUGUAGGAUCAUUUAAAUUCUUAAUUUUAUACACCUUGAGGUCGGAAGUUUUUUUUUUUGAAUUUUCAUAGGUUUUAAAGAGAGUUUGUGUAAUGGAUAUUUUGACUGAGAUAAUAAAAACGAAGGAGAACAAUUGACCGAUAAAAUCAGCCAUAUCAGGAAGCCUUAAGAAGGGUAUAUUUUUGCAUUUUAGCACUCUGUGCAGCGUUUCAAAUUUUUAGAACCCCCUGUCGUAACACCCUCAACAGGUUCGUUCCAUACACACACCCACACAUGUACACAGAACAAAAAAUGAACUGACAUCAAAGCACGCAUUAAUGUAGUAUGUUACAUGCAUUAACCUAAAAUGGAAUGUUUACGAAGGAAAUAAACUCAACGGAAUCAAGCGUUAAUCCACAUAGGAGUUCUGCUAUGCAGAAUUCUCAAUAUUUUGUACAUAGUAAUUACAUAUUUAUUUUCGACCUUUCCUCUCUAUGUAUUUUAGGGUAAUCAAUAAAAAAAAGCCUAUCAUAAAUGGUUUAUGCUAGCAGCUGACAUUUCACGCCAUUAGUUAAACUAUUUUUGAUAUUUGUUUCCAAACCCAAAAACAUAAUUUCCUCUCUCGACAUGCUGUACCGCAACUAAUCCGACGUCUCCACUAGACAGAAAUGCCUUGCCAUUUUGCUGGACAUAUGUAUCAUGACAGAAAUGUUCUCUCGCUGUUUGCAUGGAAAGCAGCGGUGUUGAUCAUUUCUGUUACGUUUUCUCUUUCUGGCAGCAAAAUGGCAAGACAUUUCUGUCUAGUGGAGACGUAGGGUAAUUGCAGCGUAACACAGCAUGUCGAAACUAGGAAGUUGCUAUCAUCCUACUAUUUGUUUUAUUUGAGCCACUGCCAUAAUCAAGUUUUAUAAUUAGUCAAUUCAUAAAAAUCGUCUAUCUUUUUCAGGACAUAUUUUCUAUAACUACUUGUAAUCAGCUGUUUUCUGUGCUUUUCCUAAGUAUGUAUUUGCUAAAUCUUGUAUCCAAAUGAAAACGCAACCCUAUAGCCAGUCAUCUCACACAUAUUUAUGAAAAGAAAGAUUACAAUUAACUCAUGCAAGCUUGGACCGCGUGGUCACAGUGUCAAAAGCUUAAUGUGAUACCCGAUAUUUCUAAUAUUGAUAGCGAUAUUUCUAUCGGAAAAUGACGGUGUUCCACCACUCCUCACCGGACACACAAGCGUAACGAUGCUUAUGCAUCAAUCUAUAUUUCUCCAAUCUUUGUUUUCAUGUCGGUAAGCAUAAUAAAUCGGAUAAAAGUAUUGUGAUCCAUACUUAAUUUUAACGAAAAACACCCUAGGCGCGUAAGAUAUGUUACGGUGUAAGCGUAUUCGAAGAAUUGGAAUAAAAUAGAAUCAAGAAAAUGAAGAACUAAGUCAAAUGAAUAGUUUACACGUUUUUUGUAAAUUCCUACUUUUAUAAUAUAUUGAACAAAUUGACUGAAUUAAAAUUGAUUUAUAAAUAAAAUACACAAUAAGUGCAAAAUAUAA